CCCUGCUGGGGUUGGCAGGUUUUGGCUGGGAUUGACCUUUCUCUUCAAACAGAUCGGAAACCCAGAAUUUCCUGCUAGUUGGUGAAACUGGUUGGUAGACGCGAUGUGCUCGCGACUACCGGCCUCCCCUGGCUGUUCAAAGCAGAUGGUGGCUGAGGUUUCUUCAAUACCCGCUGCCUCCGCUGUGAAGAAGCCAUUUGGUCUCAGGAGCAAGAUGGGCAAGUGGUGCCACCACUGCUUCCCCUGCUGCAGGGCGAGCGGCAAGAGCAACGUGGGUGCUUCUGGAGACCAGGACGACUCCGCUAUGAAGACACUUAGAAGCAAGAUGGCCAAGUGGUGCUGCCACUGCUUCCCCUGCUGCAGGAGGAGCGGCAAGAGCAACGUGGGCACUUCUGGGGACCACCAUGCCUCUGCUAUGAAGACACUUAGGAGCAAGAUGGCCAAGUGGUGCUGCCACUGCUUCCCCCGCUGCAAGGGGCGCGGGGAGAGCAACGUGGAAGCUUGGGAAGACUACGACGACAGCGCCUUUAUGGAGCCCAGGUACCACGUCCCCAGCUGCAAGGGGCGCGGGGAGAGCAACGUGGAAGCUUGGGAAGACUACGACGACAGCGCCUUCAUGGAGCCCAGGUACCACGUCCCCUGCUGCAAGGGGCGCGGGGAGAGCAACGUGGAAGCUUCGGAAGACUACCACGACAGUGCCUUCAUGGAGCCCAGGUACCAAGUCCCCAGCUGCAAGGGGCGCGGGGAGAGCAACGUGGAAGCUUGGGAAGACUACGAUGACAGCGCCUUCAUGGAGCCCAGGUACCACGUCCCCAGCUGCAAGGGGCGCGGGGAGAGCAACGUGGAAGCUUGGGAAGACUACAACGACAGCGCCUUCAUGGAGCCCAGGUACCACGUCCGUGGAGAAGAUCUGGACAAGCUCCACAGAGCUGCCUGGUGGGGUAAAGUCCCCAGAAAGGAUCUCAUCGUCAUGCUCAGGGACACUGACGUGAACAAGACGGACAAACAAAAGAGGUAACCGGGCCUGGGCUGGGAGGAGGCGG